AUGAAUUAAAAUUAUGAGAAGUAUGAUGAAAAUUUCUAAAUGAUACAAAAACUUGAAGAACGCAAAAUUAAACAAAUAUUUUGUGAUAAUCUAGCUUUGUCUACACCUACAUUAAUGAACACAUAGCGUAAAUAAACUGAUAUUCAAUAUAUUCAUAAAGAAAGAGCCAUUUUAGAUGUGCGUUUAACUAAUGUCAUUUAACUAGAUCUUUGUCAAUUCCAUUAUAUUGAAGUACCAUUAUUUGGUCACAAAAAGCCUCUUGUGAUUUGUACAAAUCUUGAUAAAUAGUAGAUUUUUAAUUCACAGAUUAAGCCAAAAUGAAAUUUUACAUCUCAAGUCAUACCAUAACUCCAAACAGAUUUAAUAAUGAAGAAUCUUUUGAGAGAAAACAAAUUCUUAGAUAUACAGAAUAGGGUGAAUAAGUACUUUUCUCAUAACGUUGUUUAUAUUUGGCAAUAUUUUCUUAAUAAGCUACUACAAUAUAUGCAAAGGCUUCAUUUGGUAUUAAACCAUAAUAAUAAUAAAAAAUGGAAACUGAAUCCAAAUUAAGACCUUCUACAGGUUAUCAAUUCACAAGAUCAUCUUAAUUUUUUUUUACAAGAAAACCAUCUAAAGAUAUGAUAUCACUUAAUAAGAAUAUUGAAUAAUAUUAACCUGAAAAAAUUAAACUUUAAUAAAAUUUAAGAAGAGUUUAAUCUGCUAGAAAGAUAUCAGAGACUUUACACAAAAAAAGAUAAAUAUUUGAGGAAAAGAAGGAAACUUUAAAAGAAAGAUUUGAGUUUUAAGAAAAGAAAAAGAUUUUAAAAGAAAUUAUUCUUUAUAGAAAUAAUAUUGAUAACUUUAUAAAAUUUCAAUAAAAAUUAUGGUUACAGAAUCUAUAUUUCAUUCAUAUGGUAUCCAUUAUUAAAAAGAGAUAUUAUGUAAAUAAAGAUCUUAUUAUUUUUAGGAUAAUAUAAUUUUUUAAUUUAAAUAAUCCAUAAAGAAAAGAAGGCAAUAUAGAGUUAGAUAAGUUUUAUAAAGGAUGUUAUAAAAAUCUGGGAAAGAUAUAUUUCAAAGAACAUUGUUUCAAGGACUUUUGAUAUUAAGAAUGUUAUCUAAGGUUAAAGAAAAUGGGGCUAAAAAGAAAGCAAAAAGAAUAAUACAUACUUUUAUGAUGAGUUAUGGAUAAAUUGGUGAGAUAUUUUAAAAAACCUAUUAAUUUAAAAGAAGAAUGAGGAAGAUCAUAGAAGUUUAUAGAAUAUACAGAAAGAAGGUUUAAGCAUAUGUCAAUAGAAUUAUCAUGUUAUGGAAUAAAUAUUGGAAUUAAAUUUAUAUGGAUAUAAAAAAAGAAGAUUAGGAAAGUAAUUUAUCAUGAUUAUUUCUUAACUUUAGAAGUAAAAUAGAUUAAAGUUUAAAUGUAAAAGACUAUAAUUAACUAUCAUAUUGAAGAAGAAAUAGCGAAAUCACCAUAUCUAGAUAUGUAUUUUCAUUUAUAAAAUUGUUAGUAAGGUAUAAAGUGUAAUUGUAAAUAACUAUUAUAAAGAAAUUAAGAAUUUAUAUAUAAGAAAAUGGAGAGUAUUAAAAAUUAAAGUAAAAUCAUCUAAAUUUUAAACUUUGAUGGCAACUUAAGCAUUUGA